CAGCCUGGCUCCAUGGAGGAGCAGGAAAACAACUUUGUGCUUUCCCUCGGAGCCAAUACCAGCAAGUGCAGCCUUGAGACUAACCAAACACGGGCCACAACAUGCUGGUCAGGAGCAACCAGGGGUGGCCCAGAGGUGGUGAUUGUACCAGUGCUUUUUGGGUUGAUUUUCCUCCUGGGAAUGGUGGGAAACACAUUGGUCUUGGUUGUUUUAGGGCGUCUCCGGCCUGGGGGAUCCCCAUCGCACAGCGCUACCAACAUCUUCAUCCUGAACUUGAGCAUUGCAGACUUGCUCUUCUGCGUCCCCUUCCAGGCCACCAUCUACUCCCUGCCAGAGUGGAUCUUCGGUGCCUUCUUUUGCAAGUGUGUUCACUACUUGGCCAUGGCAACAAUGCUGGUCAGCAUCUUUACUCUGGUGGCUAUGUCUGUGGACAGAUACAUUGCUGUGGUCCAUGCCAAGCGUUCACCCUGCAACCACAGCAAGCACAACACUGCCCUCGGCGUGGGUGUAAUUUGGCUGCUGUCUCUACUCAUUGCCAUCCCUGUAGCUCAGCAUCAGGCCCUCAUGAGUGGUCAUCAGCAAGCACCCAACAGCUCCUUCUGCUGGGAGCACUGGGCAGAUGGUUCAACAGCGAAGCAGAUGUACAAGGUUACCAUCCUGCUGGUAGGAUACUUCCUGCCCCUGGUGCUCAUCACCUGCUGCUAUGCCAAGGUUUUAUAUCAUCUCCAUAUGAAAGUAAAGAACAUUUCCAAGAAGUCAGAGAGAUCAAAGAAGAAGACAGCGCAGACGGCGCUUCUCGUGGUCGCCAUGUUCCUGCUCUCCUGGCUGCCACACCACAUCAUCACGAUGUGGGCAGAGUUUGGGCAGUUUCCCCUGAACAUCUCCUUCACCUUCCGCAUCAUCUCUCACUGCUUAGCCUACGGGAACGCUUGCAUCAACCCCAUCAUUUAUGCUUUCCUCUCAGAAAACUUCCGCAAGGCCUGCCGGCAAGUCUUCCCCUGCAAGUUCUUCCAGCGGCCGGUUCCCACUGAGAAACUGGUCACAAUACGCAUGGAGAACUUCUCUACCAUGCAUUCGACCACUAACAUGUAAAUUGGGCUCACAAAUACAUUUCAGGAGAAAGAGCAGGG